GCACCAAACACACUUGACAAAAACUUCUGUAUAACUGCCACUCAGAGACUAAACUACUUUCUGAUGGCACCUCAGUCGGACCUUUAUAAGAUUGGCUUGGAAGGCUUUGAUCUUGUGGAGGGAAUGUUUGGGAGAAAGGGAAGGCCUCUUCUUCCCUCACACAGGCCUCCACCUGCUCCACAAGGGCCAACACCACCACCACCACCACAAAGAGAUUGUCAGUAUCGACCUCCACAACCCUAUGUUGCUUAUCACAACGGAGGGUUCGAACAAAUGGAGAGGUAUAAUCUUGCUCCAACAAGGCCUCAAGGAACUAGCUGUUAUCAGUAUCAUCCACAAGAACCCUAUCAUGUUUUGGUUCAUCAACAAUCCCCAGUUUCUGCAACAACGGAGAGGGUUAGUUAUUAUCAGUACUAUAAACCACAAGAGCCUUAUGCUUAUGUUGAAUAUGAAGCACCUGCUUCAGAACCUAAGGAGACGGGUGUUAUGGACUACGAGGCAGCCCAGAACCUUGGAGGAAUUUUAAUUAGCGAGUACCGUAAGAAAAAGCCGAUGGCUUAUUAG